UUGAAAUAUUAGAAAUGAAAAUUUCCUUUUUUUGAUAAAGUUUAAUACUUGUGACUUGGAUGUCUUGUUUCUCGAGUCCUUUAUGAGGAUGAAUCCAGAAAGUUCGAAGUUUUUAAAGAGCACACAGUUUCUUUCUACCUUGAUCAACCAAAAUUCAUGUUACUCCCUGCAUCACACCUUUUCAAACUGGGAUCUGAUUUUGUAUAAUGUGGGAAUAUGCCGCGUCAUGAUGAUCGCCAUGGUACUACACGUCUUCGUGUUGGCCAUUUGGCUUCACGAACCAGAUCACAUGACCUGGAGGACGUAUUUAGCAGAUACGGAAGAAUACAUGAUGUGGAUAUGAAGCGUGGCAUUGCCUUCGUGGAAUUCAGCGACCCACAAGAUGCUGAUGAUGCACGGCAUCGCUUGAAUGGUUGUGACGUGGAUGGAAGUCGUAUUGUGGUGGAACUCGCAAAGGGGGUAUGCUUAUUACCAUUUGUUGUGCUUAGAGGGUACUUUGACUUGUGAGGAAGAGGUGGUGGUGGUGCCUCAGGUGGCUCUCGUGAAUUUAUGGGCAGAGAUCCUCCUCCAGCGUCAGGUUGUUGCUUUAAUUGUGGGCUCGAGAUUGCAAAGCUGGCGACUGGAAGAACAAAUGCUAUCAUAUCAUUGUGGUUUGAGGGGUUAAACCGCCCAAACCGGACCGCGAACACCUCUAGCAGCUACAUGUUCUUUUUUACAUUCUUGGUCCCUCAACUUUUAGGGUGCCUUUGAUACAUCGAACAGAACAAAUCAUAAUAGAGAUCACUGUUCCAUGUUUUGCAGUAUUUUUAUGUGGAACAUAUAUGAACAAAGUGGAACAAACGUGUCCCCACUCCAUGGAACAAGCCUAUAUUUUACCAAA